CCUCUUUGGAAGCGCGCAUCUCUUGCAUGGAUUUGUUCUGAGAAAACAGGUGCCAUUUGCGUUUCAUCAACCGUUCCCAGUUAGUCGGCCUCCUGACUCAGACAUCCUGCCCAGCUGUGAUGUGGCUCUGCUGUACCGCCAUCUUCUCCGGCCGUCUGAAGCACCGGCAUGCCCCGGCGAUGCUGCUGAUGCAUUCCUCCUCCACCCUUCCCCUCCAGUCUGAGUUUCACCAUGUGUUGUGGCCAUAAACUGGGCUUAUUACAGUUAAUGAUACCGUGGUUUAACAAGAGAACUAUCAGUUGUUGAGGAAGUAAACAAAACUGCCGGUGACAGUGGCUAGACACAUAAAAAGGAGAUUGUCCAGUCAAAACAACCUGCAGAGACAUACCAACUGCUGAGACAACGCAGGAAAUCAGCACCGGAGAAAACACAUGCUUUGUGGUUUUCAGGUUGUUUGUCCCUCUCAGCAAACCUGUCCUCGCCGUCAGAAAAAAAGCAAAAAACACAUGGAGCAUUAUAAAAACACUCCACACCCCCUGGUUAGUCCUUCCCCUCCUGCUUAGCUGCAUAAAUACUCAAAGCUCUUCUGGGAUUUAGGCAUCGACCCGCACUGAUAGGGACACACAGACAGAAAUCUGACUGAGCGGAUGAAAGACAGCUAAGCUAUUUUAUCAAGAGAAGAAAGAGCGGUACAUCUGCCAUUAGGACAUCCAGAAUGCUGCUCCAAAAGUCCGUCCUCUGUUUGCUCUGCUUAGCUGUGUUCUCCCAAAGCAGAGCCCAAGACCAAGCCUCUUUCAGCCGGUCCAAUGACCUUACCGGACGCUGCGUCUACACCUUCGCUGUGGUCAGUCCGCAGGAGUCCAGUUGCCCCGGGAACAUCACCAAAUCAGAGACGCAUGAGGUCCUGAGGAGACUCACUCUUCUUGAAGGUCUGGUCAGUCGGCUGAUAGCAGGGGGGGCGAGUGGAGCCGGCUCUGGCGGGCUGAAGCACAGUGACGAGGACCUUCAAGAGGCUUACGCCCAGGUUACGAGAGAACGGAACCAGCUCAAACUGGACCAGGAACGACUGAACAGCCAGGUCCAGAAGCUGCAGAGCGCAUUGGCCGAGCUGAGCCAGGAGACAGAGACGCUCCGGCAGAGACCCUGUGAGCCGACAAACACCUCAGGUGGAACCCUGCAUGAAAUCACACCUCUGAAAGGCCUGGUGGAUCACUUUGAAAAUAACUCCUUUCAGGAGAUGAAGGCUGAGUUAAAAGAGGUUCCAGCAUCCCACCUCAUUCCCGAGGGAAACCGCAGCCGUUCAGGUUGUGGAGAGCUGCUGUCAGUAGGAGACCCUGUGUUGCACAGGAAAGCCGAUGCCAUCACAGGGAAGUACGGAGUGUGGCUGCAGGAUCCAGACCCUCGGGGCCCCUAUUACACCGAAAAGACAGUGUGGCGAAUCGAUGCGGUUGGAAAAGAUGUCCGUCAGCUCUUCAUGUAUGAAGAUAUGGAUCAGUUUUCCAAAGGCUUCCCUAUGAAGGUCCUGGUUCUGCCUGAGCCUGUGGAGAGCACAGGGGCCACCGUGUACCGAGGCUCCCUGUACUACCAGCGCAGACGCAGCCGGACCCUGCUUCGGUACAACCUCACCUCAGAGGGUGUUGCAUCCCGCCGGGACUUGCCUCAUGCCAGCUAUCACGGCCAGCACCCUUACUCCUGGGGCGGCUACACGGACAUCGACCUAGCCGUGGACGAGCAGGGACUUUGGGCCAUCUACAGCACGGGCAAAGCAAAGGGGGCGAUCAUCAUUUCCCAGCUGGACCCCGAGACCCUGGAAACAAGGAGGAGCUGGGAGACCAGAAUCAGGAAGAACUCCGUUGGCAAUGCUUUCAUGAUGUGUGGACGCUUAUACACGGUGGCCAGCUACACUACACACAACACCACCAUAAAUUACAUGUUUGACACAGCCACAAAUGAGGGCAACGCCAUUGCUGUGCCCUUCAAGAACAAGUACCGCUACAACAGCAUGGUGGACUACAACCAUGCCCAGAGGAAGCUGUACGCCUGGGACAACUUCCACAUGGUCACCUACGACGUUAGAUCAGGAUGGGCUGGUCAAGCCAGUGGCUAAACUCAAAGAGACCCAUGUUCACUUGACAAUGCCUUAAGAAAACACGUUUCAUUAGAUAUGAUUUUGUAAGACUUUGGCACAUUUUCUUUUAAACAUUCAGUGGUGUUUCUAACAUUCAUUUUGUUGUAAAUAAUAUAUUUCUGACAAGAGAUGCAAUGCUCAUAUAAGAUAUAUUUAUAUGAGCAUUUUGAUUUAAUUUCCCUUUGGCAUAAAUAAAGUAUUUUUGGAAUUUGAA